GCUGCUUAUUUUCUAAUAAAUUAUUUUUAAGUUUUAUCCUGAACUGCUGUUAGCAUCUUGUUUUGAGCCAGAGCGAGAAACGAACAUUAUUUUCCCACAACAAUUUGGCGAGCCAGCCAGGAGAUUCUCGCAUGCCAGAAUUAUCCAGGAGGCUGUGAACCGUCCCAAAAGCCGGCACGAGAUCUUUUGAGUCUCAAGGUGGCGUUUACACGGGCUCUGGGGGAGAUGGCAGCACGCUGGACCUUGCUGGGGCUGCUGGCUGUUUUGGCAGCUGGGGCUGCGAGGGAAUCUGUGCUGAACACCUGCAUGGAUGGCAAGCAUCACAAAACAGAGCCUGGUUCAGAGGAUGACCUGCAUCAACAGUGCUCCCCAUGGAAGAAAAAUGCCUGCUGUUACACCAACACAAGCCACGCAGCUCAUAACGACCAGUCCUUCCUGUACAACUUCACCUGGAAUCACUGUGGAAUCAUGUCGUCCAAGUGUAAGCAGCAUUUCAUUCAGGACACCUGCCUCUACGAAUGCUCGCCCAACCUGGGGCCGUGGAUUAGCAAGGGCCCCCUCCCACCCUUGCCACUCCAACAUAAAAUCUUCUGCCGUCACAUGCAGGUGGAUAACAGCUGGCGCAAAGAAAGGAUCCUACAUGUGCCGCUGUGCAAAGAAGACUGUGAGACAUGGUGGGGCGAUUGUCAGGAUGACAUGACCUGCAAGGACAACUGGCACGUGGGGUGGGACUGGUCCACAGGGAAAAACGAGUGCCCUGCUGCGUCCAAGUGUCAACCAAUGAAGAUGGUCUUCCCUUCUGCAAAGUUGUUGUGCGAAAAGAUCUGGAGCAACUCUUACAAGUACACCACUUUCACCAAGGGCAGCGGGCGCUGCAUCGAGAUGUGGUUUGACCCUGCACAAGGCAACCCCAAUGAGGCAGUGGCAAAGUACUAUGCCGACGCAGGGGCAGACUUCUUGCCACAGAGUCUCCUGGUAUUGCUUUUUCCUGCACUCCUGGCAGCCCUGUUGUGAACUUUGCAAGGCCUUCUCUGACCCCAAGACUCAUGGCCUUGUGCAAUUGCGCUGCGUUUUCCCACUUGCUCUAAUCAUGGUGGGAUGCUCUUGCUCCGGGUUCCCAGGAAACAACUCUCUAGCUGCUUGCAAAAGGUUUCUUCCCCAGAACUGUGUCUGUGGGUUGUUGCAGCUUCUGCUUCUAUUUGCUCCUAUCAUCUUUGCAAGCUCCAUCAGCUUACAGAGGCUUGAAAGGAAGGAGCUGUUGGCCCUUUUAAAAGGGGGAGGUGCACCUGAAAAUGCAGGGCUGGAAGAAAGAAUAAAAGUCUGGAUCUUAAAUUCAA